GAUGCAAGCGGGUGAUGCAGGCUGGGAGUUGAGUCCGCGGGCGGGAGAAAUGGCGCGGAUCACUGGAAAACACAAGUUUACUGCCGACAGUGAGAGAGCACCGACUAGUUCAUAGUGAGAUGUGCACAAUCGCUCACGUUGAGCAUGUGCUGUUUGCUCGACAGUUUUGUGUUUGCGUCGGCCCGGGGGCAGCGGACUAGGGUGAGAGGUGCAGUUUGUUUCUUUCUGUACGGCCUGUAGUAACCACGGACCUGAUCGGCCGGUACACAAAAAUGCUGGAGAAACUCAGCGGGUGCAGCAGCAUCUAUGCCGGUACCGGCAUAGGCAGGUCUACAGAUGUGGAGGCGUGACGGCUAAGCCCACCCAUUGAUCCAAACGUUGAAGUUUAGAGAUACCCAGUGAGCAUUGAGAACUUAGUGACCUGCUGGACAAGCAGCAUGUGAAUGACAGUGAUGAAUUACUCUCCUGAAUAUUUACAUUUGUUUAAUCUCUCUCAACAUUCACGUCUGUUGAACGCUGUCAGCUAUCUCGAACUGGGACAUUAUUAAUACUGUUUCUUUGAAGAAUAUAUAAUGAUCAGUCACAUGGCUUUUGAAUGAUCAUGUGAACUGUUGAAUUUGAUUGUGAGGACUGUUUGGUAAAUCCGUUUUUUUUGUUAUUUUAAAGAAUCGUAUUCACAAAUUUUAUUCAAGAACAGGUGGUGUUAACUUCAGCGCUAAUUUCACUUGCAUUUGCAAAUGGAUCCAAAACUAAAUAGAACUGCUUUAAAUCCUGCAAAGCCCCCAAUUAAAAAGAACCUACAGCAGAGGAAUUUUAAUUUCUCAAAAAAAGCUCAAAGUAAUGUGACAGCGGGCCUAAUGGCGGAGACCCAGCUUCCUAGAAGUACCUCGCAGGAACAUUCCAAAAAGCAUGAUGGGUAUAAUGUACAUCAUGUAAAAAGAAGGUUCAUUCCGUAUAGAGUGAAUUAUAAUUGGAACAGAGGUGGGCGAUUAAAGGAACUUCGCAUCAGGCACCUUGCGAGGAAGUUUCUGCACUUAUGGAUGUGUGAGGCAUUUGGCAGAGUCCUUCCAUCCAAAGCCAGAUCCCAUUAUCGUUGUGCAUUGUUGAAUAAAGUAUUUAAUGAAUGGAAGGAACAGUGGUGGUGUGCACGAAUUGAAUGGAAGCUGACGGUUCGAGCAGAUUGUCAUUGCAGGUAUUACAUGUACAAUCAGACAUGGAGAGCGUGGCAGAUGUACAUUCUUCAACAACAGAAGAAGAAAUCAAAGUAUAGGAUCGCAGCUUCACAUGCUCAUUUACAGACGUUGCAUAAGAUCUGGACCCACUGGUCCUUGUACAUAAAAAUUCGCAAUACUAAACAUUUGAUGCAGAUUGAGGCGAAAGUCUUCCAUAUAAAAACUAUAACUCGGAAUGUGUGGUCUAUUUGGACCAAACAGUUGGUGAGGAAGGAAAGAAAUCGUGCAAUGGACGGCUUAGCAAUGCAGUACUGGGCAGAAACCUUGCAACACAGGGCUUGGCUUCAGUGGAAAGUAAUGUUACAUCAGUCGAUAAAUGUGCAGGAACGGGUUGCCGAAGCUCAGCAAACAUAUCAACGCCGGUGCCUGAGACAUUCAUUCCUGGCCUGGCUGGUUUACGUCCAGGUUCGAAGGGAGAAGAAAUCUCAGCACAGUGUAGCUGAUCAAAUGUACACAAACACUGUUUUAUCACGAUACUUUGCUUCAUGGUUCUUGUCCUGGCAUCUUCAAAAGAACAUCCAUAUCCUUGAGACUCGCAUCAGCGAACUGAGCCGGACGUGCAAACUGCGGAGGAGUUUUCAACAUUGGAGUCACUAUAUUGUUCUGAGGGCUGAAAAGACUGGACUCUGCAAAUUAGCAGAUGGUCAUUACCGCUGCUACCUGGCGCAAUCAAGCAUUGUUGCUCUGAAAAACAAUGUGGGAAAUGUUCGUCUGAAACAAAUGCAGAUCAACUUGGCACACCAGCAAUCAGUUAUUUGGAUGCUGCAACGGUGCUGGAAUCAGUGGAAGCUACGCUUGGAGAAGCAAGAGGAGUUUGAGCUUCAGGCACUAUCUAGAGAAGCCCAAAAUCACUUCAGGAAAGUAUUGUUGAAGAAAUCUCUACACUACUGGAUAAAACACAGCCAAGAGACGAAAUACUAUCAGAUUCAAGAUAAAAAGGCCAAAGCUCACUACAGUAGGAUGCUGUUGCCUUUUUAUCUGGAAAGAUGGAAGUUGUAUGUGAGUGAGAAGAAACAGCUGAAUCAAAUGAAGGAGACCGCAUGGCUAUUUCACAGGGAGAAAUUGCAGAGAUUGUCUUUUUAUUUAUGGUGGAGAAUGAUGGAUCAUCAUCGUGAGAAUCGACUAGCAGAGAGACUGGCAGUGAUUCAUUCUGAUCAACGCAUGUUACUUCAUUACUGGUGUUGCUGGCAUGUCCGGACCACUGACUGCCUGGAGGAGAGAGAGAAAGAGGCUACUGCUGAAGAUUUUUUUAGGCAUCAGUUGCUGCUUAAAUUUAUUCGGUUUUGGAGAAAGUCUGCAGCAGACCAAAAAGCAGGACGAGACAAAGAAAUACAAGCUAUAAGGCACCGGUACAAGUUUUGUUUGCUUAGGACCUGGAGUGCUUGGCAGCAGUAUGUGCAGAAAAAGCAGGAGAACUGGAAGAAGCAGCUGUGUGCUGAUGUCCAUUCUCAUCGGGUAUUGCUGUGCAAAGCUUUAAAUGGAUGGAAAGUUUAUCAUCAAAUCACGCGGCAGAUUUUGUAUAAGGUGGAUGAGAAGGAAAAUAAAUGGAGAUUCAAUCUCUUGAGAACUUAUUUUUCCACCUGGUUACAAAAUACACGUGUACUGGCUGAUGAAGCAAGGAAAACAGUUGGAGCAGAUUAUCAUUAUCACCAUGUACUUUUAACUAAGGUCCUUGGGUAUUGGAGAGCCAGGAUCUCAAUUCAAGUGUAUCACCGACAACAGAAGGAUAAAGUUGUACUGGAAGCAAAACAACAUAUUAGUUUUGUUCAUUUACAGCAUGUGUUUUCUCACUGGAAACGGCUCAGUCAAGGAGCAAUGACUCAGCGAGGCAAAUUGGAGGCUGCUUCUCAACACUAUACACGACAAAUCGCAAAAAAAUGUUUGCUGUCAUGGAAACAAUAUCGUGACCAUUGUUUAAGAGUGAUGUUGUUACACCGACAGGAACAGUGGUUUCAAUCGUAUCGACUUUGUCGAUUCCACUUCACAGACUGGAAGGCUAAACUGUUGGAAAAACGUCAAGAGGACAAGCAGACAGCAACAGCUUUAUGGCACUGGUCUCUCUUACUUCAGGGAAAGGUAUUUGAUGCUUGGCUAAUGCACGCGCAGGAACAGCAAAGAAAAAAGUUACGCAUUGCAAAAGCAGCGGACAACUAUCGGGGCCAACUUUUACGAAUGGGAGUUGCUGCAGUUCUUCAGUAUAGCUCUGACAUGAUGCAGUUUCGCAACCAAAUUGCUGCUGAGCAUCAAGUGAAGACUGCUUAUAGCCUUCACCAGGUUGUCUAUCGCUGUGCAAUGAUUUGGAAGCAAAGAGUGCUCUGCAAAGGUGAGAAGCUGAAACAGAGGUCUGCUGCUGUGACACGAAAAAAAAAUGUGGCUUUCAAGAUUCCAGUUACUGAUGUUUGCAAAGAGAAAGAUGCCAGUACAAAGACUGGGAUCUUGAAUAGUGCAUCUCAGAAAAUGAUUGCAAAACCCGCAACAGAUCCAGUGCAAUGUCUUAGCUUUUCAGCAGUGCUGCCUGGUAGUGAUAUGGACUUCGCCAAUUUACACCUUGCACGUCAGGUGAGAUUACAACCAAGAAAACCAAAGUUCCUGCUUAAACCACCUGAAAAGAAAGAGCUACUGGACAGAGGCAACAAUGGUGGCAAUGCUUUGAUUCUGGGCUCUUCAUUGUCAACUCUAACCUCUCUAUCAGAAGACAAAGUGGAGACUCCAACACAGUCCAAAGUUCAUGAAGUAAGGACUCACACAAGCCAAAGGAACAAUUCUAUGAAGGAUACUGUUGACCAUGUUACCUGGCAACCACAAGCAGCAACUUUACAGGCUGUGCAGUCACAGAUGACCUUACCCUUUACCCACUUUGUUCCCUCAUGGCCCACCAUGGACUCUCUGCAGGAGCAGCCAGUGCGAAAGGAUGUGCUUCUACCCCCUUCAGCAUUCUUGUCACUGGGGAAGGAGAAAGGGAAUACAAAUGAGGAUGAAUACAGGAACAACGGGUUUGGUGCUCACCAAGUUCGAAAGGACGAGCGAGUUUUGCCUAAACACACAACUCGACAGCUGCUUUCUCCAGAUCAUUUAAGGGACAGAACAGAAUUCCUCAGUCCAUCUUUCCAGGAGAAAGAUGCUGACUUUGCUGAAUGUGAUCAGCAACGUAAACUGAAGGCUGAACUGCAUGGAAUACGUCAGCAGAUGCAGAGCUUCCAUGACAGCAAGCAGCAGCUCAGGAUCUGGCAGAAACAGGCUUCUGUGCUACAGAAUUGGCUUCAGGUAAAUGCAACAGAAGAUGGAGAAGCGCCACAGAUGAGGCAGGAACUAAAGCAGCUGGAGAUAGACAUCAAAACGCUUUCGAUGAAGCUGAAAAGAGACACACCCCAUAUACAGCACCAGGUUGCCAGAGUGCAGGAGAUUCGGGAGAUCCUGACUGUGUGAUGGUAUCUAUCACCAUAGCAAAUUGCAAUCUUUAUUGGUGCAUAAGGAAACUUGAUUCUUCAAUCACAAGCAGGUUGCUUGCAUCUUGAAUUCCUCCCACCUCAGGGCCUGUUUUUGGGGAUGCAAUUGUGGAAGCAGCAAAUGAUGUGAAAUGUUUCUGGAAUCUUCAUCGUGCAAUGAACAGAUUUACGUCUAUCAUCUGGACUACGUGAGGUCAUGAGACAUCUAAGGAACGAGAGUACAGGAGUUGUUUUUUUUUCAAAGUCUGUAGUUUAUGUCAAAAUAACAUGUAAAAAUAUAAAGCACAUGUAAAUGUC